CCAACAUUUAUCUUUCCUUGGUUGCUUCCAGAAGGUUCGAAGGGAAAGAAAGAGCGGUUCCUUGGAGCAGACUGGCUAAGAUUUGUUCAAUAUCGGGCAUAGCGGGACCGCUAUUUCAAGAAUUGCAGAGGGAAACUGUGCCAGCGGCUUGUCCCUGUGUGUGGACAGUUAACGGCAUCUUUGUUGACGGCUGCGCAUCGCCAUUCUGAAAAAUGAGUCACGUCCUCGCAGACGCCGCGUAUCACAACGAGGAGAGCAAGAAAGAGUUUCAAAGUGCCAAGGACAAGCCCGGCAUUCAUAUCCACAAUCCCAAAACACCGGUAGAACUGCAUCUCCCAGGAGGAAUACAGAAGUUCAAUGACGUCUUCAUGGAAUGCACCUUUCGGAAGGAUAUGAAGACCGUGUCCUUCGAGUACUGGUGGAGUGCGCGUAUGGACAUGCCGCUGUUGGAGCUGAUCACGGAGCAGAUCAGGCCGGGCAUCCUGAACCACACGCUGGACGACUACGACAUCAGGCGCUACAUGAUACCCGAGGUCAGCUACAAGUUCGAGCUGGGCAAGAGACACGAGCUGCAGUUCCACCUCGGGAUGAAGGAAGGAUUCCCAGUGUACUCGGUAAGAAUCGACGGCAGGUAUUCUCUGUUUGAGCUACUCGAAAGGUACGCUGAUGCCUCACCCUACGACCGCUUCUACAUAAAAGGUGACCUCGACAUAAAAUCGAUCCGAAUUCCUUACGAAGACCCUCUGCCGGUGCCUCUGUCCCUGCCUCUCACGUCAGCGGGAAUACUGAAAGGUGACCUUUACGAGAUAAAAGGGAAGAAUCCAAGGAAUGCCGAAGAGUUUCGGCUCGUGUUCGGUGACCAGUCGCUGCAGGUUCCUCUCGGCGCCGAGCACGAGGAGUUCGCUCUGGAAGUUACGGGCGAAGAAGACGGCCUUUGCACGGCAAAACUUAACGGUGUCGAACUGCCGGGCGUCAUCAGCAAGGGUCCCUUCCUCGCAGACAGAAUGGUCUUGGAGGGCGACGUGGACUUCCACUGGGUCAUCAUUAACAAAUCUGGCGGGCCUGGAGCAGCGAUCGAAGACAGCAAAGAAGAGGAACCAGCAAAGGAGGAAACCAAGGAGAAUUAUGAAGACUCCAAGGCCUAACACGACAGUUGCGGCUUCAGCAAGGCAUAUCUGCCUCAAUAAAAUAAACUAGGCUUGGAAUCAACAAA